UUUCUAUUUUUGAGUUGACCGAAACGGUACUUCGAAACGAAAUUUUGAUCCUUGGUCUCACCAUGAGUGGGGGGCUUAUAAGCCAUAAGGAGAGAUCCACAUGUCACAAGGUUAAUGAUCAUUGUGGUUGAAGAAGUUCUACCCAAGUUGGUUUAGUUGUCGAAUGCCACGUGUUGGCAAUCGUGGGAGUGUUAUGUGGCCAUGAAGACCAUGCACUUACAGUGUUCUAAUUUGAUAGUAUUUUAAUUCCAAAUGUUGUCUCUAUAGACAAAUUACGGACGUCACUUUUUGGGUGACUUCUACUCCUUUUACCCCAUCUGUGCUUACUUUUUAAUGGACAAUUCCUUAAUAAUGAGUUGAAAUCUUUUAGAAGUGGACUAUUUUGUGCAAAAUCAAAGCAACCAAGCAGUCCUAAAAGAUGUCAACCCACAGGGCAUAGGAUAAGAAUGCUUUAGUUUUAAUUCCUUUAGCUUAGUUGUCUUUAUUUAGUUAUUACUCUCUCCUCUAUUCACCUUUCUUGUUCAAUCCAAAAACAAAUAAAAAAUGUUAAGCUAAUUUUUUUGUUGUCGUGAAAGGAUAGCUGCAUUAAGUGCGAAGACAUAUGCAACUCAUCGCGGAGCCGCUUUUUCGAGUUUACAAGGUGAAGGAGCAAGAACUUACCCCGUAUCGAAACAAAAAAGAUUCCGAGCACGUCUUGUCAAAGUCUGUCUUGUCUUUACCAUGAGUCAAGUCAAUUCACUAAUUUGUUGUUUCAACAAGUAGUGAUAAAUGCUUCUGCUUUAUAGCUUCAGAAUAUGGGUGUGAAUAUGAGAACAGCCAUGUCGUGAAAAUAAUGCUAAGGGUACCCAUGAUUGUUCUCUAAACUGGUUUAUAUUGGUGUCAGUUAUUCAGUAUAAUUAGUUUGGUGCAUGUUUACAUUUCUGUUCAGCACUGACGAAGCUAGUAAUUUUGUAGGGAUUAGAUGGUUUGAGAAUUGAUAGACAAUGAAAUGCAUGAGUAGUUUGGACUCUAGACCAACCUUUUUGCCUUGUAGCAUCCAUCUUCUUUGUUGCCAAAUUUAUGCGAUUGGUCAAAGUUGCGACUCUAAACCACUUUUUAUCCUAAUAGAUUCUUCCAUAGCAUUUAUUGAUAAUCCUUUCUUCAGAGGGAAUGGGCAGGCGUAUGGAAGCACUAUAGCUUUUUACAAUAUUUAUUUUGACUUUACUUUGCAUCUCCAGUGCUCUUGUUAUUCUCUGCUUUUCUUGUCCUAUUGAUUCUUUUUAGCAGGAAAGUUCUUUAUUUUGUAGUUAUUAAACUCCAGAAUGCUUGUUUUAUAAGGCCUACGCUUAGUAGCAUCCUCAAAAUAACAUCUUGGGAUUAUUCUUAGCUAGCUUUUUUAUACAAGUGGAAUCUGUGGUUUCAGCCUGUAGAUUCUUUAGUCCAGUGAUUCCAGUGAAGUCUGUAAAAAAUUUGAUUUUUUUCCCUUUAAAUCAGUCUAUAACCUGAAAGUUUACAAACACUAAAUCAACUGUGUGCUCAAUAGCCAGGGAUGUGUUUCUUAUGCUAUCCUCUUAUGAGAUACUUACCAUUGAAAUGUCACCAGAUUCAUCAUCCCCAAAUGAUGGGCAUGGCACCUGCUCGAGUGCCACUUCCUGCUGAAUUUCCUCAAGACGAACCCAUAUUUGUCAAUGCAAAGCAGUACCGUGCCAUUCUGCGGCGGAGACAGUAUCGUGCCAAACUAGAGGCUCAAAACAAGCUCUCAAAAGUUCGAAAGCCUUAUCUCCACGAGUCCCGGCAUAUUCAUGCAUUGAAGAGGGCUAGGGGAUCUGGUGGACGCUUUCUCAAUAUGAAGAAACGCCAAGGGUCCAAGCCUACUGCCACGGCCAAUGAACAAGACGUCUCAGGUUCAACUCAGCUCCAUUUGACCACAAAAAUGUCGGAAUCUGGAGUUUACCCGCCAGAAAACUACAAAGAAAGUACUUGCACCACCUCACGGUCUGAUAUCACGAGUACCUCCAACAAUGACCACAUCUUUCACCAGCAAGAACUCAGGUUCUCUGUCUAUCCUUCUCAUAUUGGAGGGCCCAUGCAAGGUGGUGGAGGUGGUUUGUCUGGAGGGAAUCAUCACUCACUUUCAGUCUUCCGGUGA